CCUUAGCUAUGCCGGGCGCGCCGGCUUAAAUUUGGGUCUGUUAGAGCAUAUAGGGCUGCUAAUUCUGGCUGGACGAUAUAUAGAUUCAUAGUUUCCACAGCCCUGUUGCACGAGAUAGAGCAGUGCUGCCACAAUGGACCUCUCCCUCAUCGAAAAAGACCCCGCGGCUUUUGCCGCAUUGAUGAUGGCGAAGCCGCACGGCUCGGCCUUCACGCCGCCGAUCCAUGAGGACGGAGCUGAUAUAGACGGCGCGUGGUGCCGCGCGACCGACGCGGCCGUCGACGCGCCGUUCCUGAUCCGCGGACAUGAAUCGGCGGGCCUGAAACGACCAGAACUCACAAUAGACGACGUAGCCAUACUCGCGGGCCCGGACACGGAGGUGCCGGUCCUCGACGCGGCGACGCAGGAGCAGCAGCGCCGCUGGACGCUACGGGAGUGGGCCGCCUACAUGCGCGAGAAGACGCCGACAACGCACAAAGUUUUGAACAUCCUGUCGCUUGAGGUGAGCGGCACGAGGCUCGGCGCUUUGGUCAGGGCGCCGCAGUUCGUGCGCGACGUGGACUGGGUGUCGAAGACGCCCGAGGACCAGCGGCCAAAAGUCAGAAAGUACUGCCUCAUGUCCGCGAAGGGGGCCUUCACGGACUGGCACGUCGACAUGGGCGGCUCGAGCGUGUGGUACCACGUGGUGGAGGGCGCCAAGGUCUUCUGGUUCGCGCCGCCCUCUCCCAAGAAUCUGGACGCGUAUGCCAAGUGGAUCUCGUCGUCAUCUCAAUCCAAGACGUGGUUCGGCGACGUGCUGGGGGAAAGCGAGGUGUCCCGCAUCUCGCUCGAGCCCGGCUACGUGCUCUCGCUGCCGGCGGGCUGGCUCCACGCGGUCUACACGCCCGAGGACUCGCUCGUGCUGGGGGGCAACUACCUCCACUCGAGAGCCUUCGCGACGCAGCUCGCCGUCUUUUCGCUGGAAAAACGGUGCCGCGUCGACGCCGAGUGCCGCUUCCCGCACUGGGUCGAGACGGUGGCCUACGGCGCCGCGGCCGACGCGCGGCACCCGGCCGUGUCCGCCAACGACGCCGGCGCGCGGCGGUUAUUAUCAGAAACGCUCAAAUCGUGGUCGAGCGGCGGGGGGUCGCUGACGGCGUCCGAGCGGCGGCGCCUCGAGGCGGCGCUGGCGCGCGUCGCCGUGGACUUUGCGGCUUUGGAGAGCGACGUGGUUGGCGAGGCACCUAAACGUACAGAGGACACGCUCGACGCGUACGUGGCCCGGGGGUUGCAAGUGACGGCCGCGGAGCGCGCGGAGUUUUUGGAGAGCGCGGUUACUGUGCGCGCGAAGGCGCUGCUCCGGGCGCCGCCCAAGGACGACAAUGAUGAUAAGAACGACCGCGACUGGGGCGCGCCAAAGCCGAAGACCUUGUACGACUCGGACGACUCCGACGCGAGCGACGAGGACGACACGACGGGUCUGGGCAUCGCGGAACUCAAAGCUAGAUAUGGGGUCAACAAGGGCCCGCGGGAGAAGCGGCCGGCUUCAUCAAACGGGUCCGGCCCGAAGAAGCGCAAGAAGGCGCUCAAGGCUCCCAUCGAUAAGUUUGCCAGGCGGCGCGACCCGCGGCUGUCCAUCCAGGACGCGGAGCGCGGCGGCGCGGCCAACGACGCGGAGAAGCGGCGGCGCGAAGACCUCGCUUUAGCUGGAGCGAGACGCAGGGCCGAGGCCAUGGCCGCGGCCGAGCGCGCCGUCGAGGCCUUCGACGCGGCGGCCUGGCUCGAGGGCGCGCGCUGCGCCGUCGACGCGGCGGCGCGCGAGGCCGCGGACCUCCCGGGCCUCCUCGCGAAGCUGGAGGGUUGGGCGGCCCAGCACGACGGCGCGCCGCGCGGCGACGACUGGGCGCCGCCGCCGCUCGAGGCGCGAUUGGAUCAGGAGACGCGGACGGCGUCGGCCGAGGCUGCCCGUUUAGCUUGUGAGACGUUCGGCAUCCUCAACGUCGACACGCUGUUCGCGAAGCUGCGCGCGGCGGCGGCGGCGCCCGUGGCGCCCGAGGAAGAGCCCGCGGCGCCGGCGCCGCCGCGGACGUACAAGCGGCCGACGGUGCGGGACGCCCCGCCCCGUGAGGCGCCGUCCUUCGCGGCGGCCGCGCCCGCGGCGGCGCCGCCGCCGGACGCCAAGGCCGCGCUGACGGCACUGCUGCGGCGCCGGUCCGACGAGCGCGAGGCCGAGGCCGCGCCGAUCCCGACGACGGCGCCCGCGCUCGCGCCGGGAGCCUCCUACGCGACGCUCCCCGAUCGAGUGUACGCGGCCGUGGCGCUGGAAAACGACCCCUGGGGGCGGCCGCUCGACGAGGCCCUCUCGGCGAAAAUCACGGGUAUGAUCAUGGACGCCUACAACCCGCCCUACGUCGAGUCGCUGCUCGUGGACGGCAUCGGCCCCGCGAUGGACGAAGCGUUCUCGGUCCUCAUGGCGGCGGGCGUACUUCAGCAACAGCAGUUCGCGCCGACCGUUCUGUCGGUGCCGUCGUCGAGGGAUCCGAACAAGCGCACGCCCAUCGCUUCCUUAUCGCCGGAUCGGCCGUGCUGGCCCGAGCUCGUCGUCACGGCCUACGAGAAGGAUGCGACUCGGGUAGAACUGUGCGACGCCGUCAUCUUCGGCGUCGCGCCGGAAGGCGUCGCGGAGCUCGAGAAGUUCCUCGGGUACUUGGAGUCGUCGCAGCGCGCGGCCGUCGUCCGGUUGGACGCGGCGACGAAAGCGUACGUGCCGGCGCAGACCGUCGACGCGACCGCGCCGGCGCUGGUGUUGCGGCCGUUUCAUGCGCCGCGCACGUAA